AGUCACUUUUUUAUCUCCCUGGUUUGGUGUAAAAAAAGAAAAUUUUGCUCUGGAGUAGAGUGAUCACCUUUCCUUGGACCACCAGUUUCCUAGUGUUUCUGCCAGGAAAUAUCCCUUCACUCGACAUCGGAGAUGACGAGAGAAGAACACCUCGAAAAGGUAAAAGGGAAAAAACAGACUGGUAUUUCUGUGGCAGAACGAACAGAUGGUGGUGUUGUCAAUUCCCGCGAAAAUAAUGAUGGUAGACAAAAGAGCCUUGACAGUGUGUUGGGGCUGAGGUGUCUUUCGAUUGUUUUGUCCUAUCUCGAGGAAUUCGAGGGAACCUCGUUGCUUUUAUGCCGGAGCCAGUAUUGGACGGACACAAUCCUGCCAUUGCUACGGCUUCCAACGGAAUCGACAAUCACAGGGACUCCAAAACUACAAAAACACAGGCACCGRAUGGCGGACCGCAACAAAAAUCCACUCGUCAACAUACCCGAUGCGUUCACGAGAUUGGAUCGUCUCAAUACAAGGCGUUUGAACACUCGUUUGAGACAAAAUCGUGAUGUAYGUGGCAGUAAUGCCGAUAAUCUUUCAACGUUGCAGAUUGCUAAGAUUGAAUGGAAAGAAACACUCAGUUCGAAGGGAUCGGGAGGAGAAGAGGGAAAGGCUGRUGAUGACGACGACAAUAAACAAGACAACGGCAAUGUUCCUCKGUUGUCUCGRAGGUUCCGGUUGAUCAUGAAUCCACCCUUGCUCCGAUUUUAUGACGGCGAGAGCCCUCCUGAUUCUCUCACAUGUUGUUUUAAAGAAGGUACUACCUGCCUUGCAUCUUAUCCAAGGUCCGGGAACUCAUUGCUGCGAAGCUUGCUGGAAACCGCAACGGGAUUUUGCACAUCUAGCGACACCCGGCCCGACCGUAACCUAUCGGUGGCCCUCGCUGAGAAGCCCCCCUUUUUCUGCGGAGAGGGUCUGGCGCCAAAAUCAACGGGAGGUUUGGAUUCGGAGUCCUCCUCCGCCUUUUUGCCACCGGAGGCAUCCUCCGGUCGCCGUGUCGCACCGCCGCCCAUUUGCAAGACGCAUUGGCCAGAGCGAAUUGGCUGCCACGCGUAUGAUUGCCAACGCGUUGUUUUGUUGGUCCGGAAUCCAUUUGAUGCAACAGAUUCUUACUGGCACAUGUGCGUGACCAAUACSCAUACGAAAAAAGUUGCUCCCUCUGUGACAGAGGAGCACCUCGACUUUUACAGGGCCCUCGUCCGCCACGAGAUUUUGCAGGUUUGGAUGGGUUUUUUGGACUAUUACUGGAAGGAGUGUUCGCGCCAUAAUAUUCCGCUACUUCUGGUGCGAUACGAGGACCUAGUCCUCUCUCCAAGGCGCGAACUGCAGCGGAUCCUCGAAUUUUCUUGCAAUACCAAUUCAAACGAUGGAGUGGAUUGGUGGAAGAGGCGAUUAGAGGAGGUAACCAGAGAUACAGAUUCGAAAGACUCAUCCUCAACCUCAUCAACGGACAAGAAACGGUUUGGCUAUCAAUCUUCUUCGACCAUCGGUACCGACUCUUCUGCUACAGCAAGCACCAAGGAAUCGGCAGCUUUGAACAAUCAUAGCAUCAGCACCAGCAGCCACCCGAGCAUUGGGAGAUCCUUACGGAAAGGGGGGAAUAUCACACCAAGUAUCUUGCAGGUUGUCCAUGAUCUAGACGACAAUGGAUGGCUAGAGCGCCUGGGAUAUCACGUAUACCGCCAGAAUUUUCCGAACAAUUUGGAUCGUCUGCCUCCCGUACCAGUCCUUGAAUGUAGUGACAAGGAAGAUGCUAGGGGACACGYCAGAAGUACUUUGGCCAUCAAUGUCCCAGAUGUCUCACUUGAGCUGCGUCCAAGGGACAGUCCAUAUGGACGAAACAUGACGCACUGGAGAAGGAGACGGACCGAGAGAGAUACACGACCCUUUCCUACAGUCUAAGCUAUUAUCGUAGUGUUGAUGCGGUGUUCAUCUCCAUUUAGUACGUGUUUAUCUAAUCAUCGUUUCAGCUGGAGACUAUUGCAUUACUUGGGGGGCAUUGAAAUCGUUGCUACCAAUGCCAGAAUUUUUUAAAUAUGAAAGUAUUGUAAAAAUGUAAAAUUUUAWAAUAGAAAAUUUCUUUUUGG